UGCAAACGCUGAAGUACUGGUCAUAACGGGCCGGCAAACCAAUCUACGCCAUAAUUAGUGAGAUCACAAAAACCCAAUCAACACAGUGAUCCAUUCCCACUCGUGGAUUGUGUUCGAAAGGACCAAACAAAGUGACUUCACAACUGGUUCUCACUCUCAACAAGAAGAAGAAGAGAAUGGAAUUGGGGAUAGUUUGGUUGGUUAGAGUUGCUUGGAUCGCUGCUAUACUUCCUAUGUUGAUCGCUUCGAUACCCAAUUCAAAGCUGACAUCUUUUCACCAACUCGUUUUGGGUUUCGCCAGGAGAGGCAAGAUUCUCCAGCCCUCCUCGUCUUCUCAGAAGUGGACACUUCCUCAGAAACACUUUGCUCACUUCUAUGUUCUCGGUGUGGCGUGGACGACUCUUCUGCUCGCUGCCACGUGGAUGUACGCUUUCAAAAUGACCCCUUUGACGUCUGACGAGUUCCAUUUGUCCAAAGUGUGGCGCGCAGUGUUUCUACUUGUCCUGAUGGAGAUCCAAGUUCUGAGACGCCUUAUGGAGUCAUUCUAUGUCUUCAAGUAUAGCCCUUCUGCUCGGAUGAACAUCCUUGGCUACCUCACUGGAUUGUUUUUCUAUACAGCAGCGCCUUUAUCACUCUGCGUCAAUAUAGCUCCAGAGGUGGUAACAUUCGCUGGAAAUAGCCGUACCUCCUCAGCCCCUGAGUUUGAUUUAUUAUCUUCUUUAAGCCCUUUGAUGAAGCUCGGAUGGUGCCAGUUGAUUGGUGCAGCUGUUUUUCUCUGGGGAUGGUUACAUCAGCGACGCUGUCACGCAAUUCUCGGCUCGCUUCGAGAAAGUCCUAGCCAAGCGAGAGAGUACAUAAUACCACAUGGAGAUUGGUUUGAGAUCGUCUCUAGUCCACAUUACUUGGCAGAAAUCGUUUUAUAUGCGGGUUUGCUGAUUGCGAGUGGAGGAACAGAUGUAACCAUCUGGUUACUCUUUGGUUUCGUGGUUGGGAAUCUGACAUUAGCAGCUGGAGAAACUCACCGGUGGUAUCUCCGGAAGUUUGAGAAUUAUCCGGCUAACCGGAAUGCCAUUUUCCCUUUUGCUUACUAAAUGGUUUAAGAGAGAGAACACAACUUAUUAAUCAAGGUUAUGGUUGUUGAAUAUUCACGCAAAAAUGCUGUUAGAUGAACAAAUAGAAUACAGCAUUCUAUCAAAUUCAUACGUGUCUGAUUAGAUUAUCAAAUACAAACUAAACCGUGUGCGGGAAAAAUAUACUUUUUAGAACAA